CUUAUAAUUAAAAGAAAAUUAAAAGACAAUACAGGAUCAAGAUGGUAAAAUUCCAUAAAUUUAUCGGUAGUUUAUUGAGCAAAAAAUCUCUAUCCAAGUUGGACAAAGAUGCGACUGCAUUGCCUGCGAGCGAACCAGCUAAAACAUCGGACAUAAUAAGUAUUAGAAAUAAUGAUGCAGCUUCUGGGAACAGUUCGGAAAUAUUACCUUCUACACCAAACGAAAAUAUCGGGCUGGUGAAUUCAAUUGUGAAUAAUGUACAGUAUAAUGCACAUUCCUCACCGCAUACGGCAAUAUCAAACUCACGGGGAAUAAAUGUAUUUCAAGUGAAAAAUACUCGCAAUGUGCACAUUGGGGACAACUUUUUCGUUGAGACUGCUAAUAGGCAGAACCAAUCCGCAGAAGUAAAUUGGACAAAAUUAAAACAAUCGAAUACUAUAAUGCGCAUGAUGCAUUCUUCCAUCGAAAUUGAUAAUGAAGUGUUAGAAAUCGUCGCCCGUCAUUUAGGCUAUGAGUGGAAAAGCUUUGCGCGUAGACUUGGCUAUUCGAAAGGGCAGAUUGAUGCGUUCGAGGAGGAUAAUCGAACAUUGUCAGAGAAUCUUAUGUUUUCAGCAAAUCUACAACUUCAUCUCAGAUUGGAAUCGCAACGAGGGUAAUCCUACGCUUGGCAAACUGGUUUCAUUAUUGUGGAGAAGCAAUCAUAAGGAAACCGUUUAUCACAUUAAGCAAGCAUGGAAGAAACGAGAAGAUAAUCGAUGUAGCGCAAAUACUUAAGUUUCAUUUCAAAGACCCUUGUUCAGGUGUAU